AUGGCCGAUGAUUGGGACCGAUCCAUUGACCAGCGCGUCGGGGAGUUGGAGCAGCGCACGGAUGACCUCGAGCUCAUUCGGAUCACAGAGAUCCACGACGAGCGGGAUGACCGGGUGGUGGCCCUGGAGAGCGCGAACGAGGUCGGCCAUCGCAGGACCCAGGAUGCCCGCCCGCCAGUCGCGCCGUUGCGACGGAGCUCAGGCCAGGAGGCGCCGGGGCACGAGCGGGCGAGGACAGAGCCCAGCCGCGCCGUUGCGGCGGAGCUCGGGCCAGGCUACACCGGGCAAGGCGAGGCCGCGGCAGAGGCGUCGCAGGGCGGGGACGCGGCAAGGCCGGUUGCAUUGAACCCAGUGUCGCAGGGUUUGGUGUCAGAGAUCGGCCUGGAGGUGACCAACAUAGGCUGUUCCCUGAUUCUGCAUUGGGGAGUCCUUCGCCCGGACAAGAGAGAUUGGAUCCUCCCGUCCAGACAACCUGAUGGAACGACAGUGUACAAGAACAGGGCUCUUAGGACGCCUUUUGUAAAGUCAGGUGAUAGCUCUACUUUGAGAAUUGAGAUAGAUGAUCCUGCAGUGCAAGCUAUUGAGUUCCUCAUCUUUGACGAGACACAGAACAAAUGGAGGAGUGUGAAGCUGCACAAGCUGAGUUAUCCUGAGAUGGCUAGACUGGCUGAUGAAACUCCAGUGAUUCUUCCUACAAACAUAUCAGAGAAUUUCUUGUUAAGGCCAGAAUUGCUUGCCGAGAAGAUCAAUGAGAAAUCAAGGCUCUUAAUUCUCUGCUCUCCAUCUAAUCCAACAGGGAAAAGGUACCCCAAAUCUUAUUUGGAUAUGAAGUCGUGCUCCGAUUUUACAUUCAGGUUUGCACUGUCAAUUCGCUGGCUUUGCUCCAAGAUUAACUAUUCGUUGAUUUGUCAUGGCUUUGCAGUCUCCGUUUUUCUGAAACACGAAGAUCUUAUUUCAGUCAACGUUUUUCCUUUAACAAACACAAAGACCAGGGAGGCAGCGGCGCGGAACAGUGUGGGAGGCAACGGUCCCAGAAGGCUUGGGCGGCAGUGUGGGCCGGAGAGUAUUUUUAUUUUUAUUGCCUAG